GGGACAGAGAGAGAGAGAGAUAGAAAGAGAGAGAGAGAGAGAGAGAAAGAGAGAGGAGCAUGCAUACAGAUCCAUCCUCUGUAGAUCACCUACACAGUGUCAGAAAUAGAGCUGAGUUUUAAGGCAGUUGCUUACAAAGGAUCUGCAUAAAUUCUUGGGAGGCGUGCUAAUAUAUCAGCCUGACAGAGGAUACAGGUUGAUUGACUAACAUUAGAAAGGAAACCAAGAAGCGUGUUAAGACAAAAAGAGAACAUGAUGAAGAAGAGACUGAGAUGUAUGCUGAAAUGACCUAUCUUGUCACGAUCCACAUCAGUUAAUAAAAAAGGCCAAGAUGAGUUGUUUACUGGCAUCUGGUCUCAUUCCUGUCCACACACACACACAACGCAGAGUGGAGAAGCGAGGACAGACCAGUCACAGUGGUGCCGUGACCCGGAUGGGAGUGAGGUUUAUGGGGGUGAGUGUAACAAGAGCCAACAGGUGUGCCCCUGAACCAAUCCUAAAACCUGCUCUAACAGGAUGCUAGGAUGUAAGGUUGAUGGACUGAGACUGCAGAGCAUUUAAUCCAUCUGAAAGACUGAAGCCACACCACAAAAGAGACAGGAGGAGGAUUUUGAGACACUCAUGUAACUACUUCACAAGACUGGAGAUGAAGGAACAGAGUGCACUUCAUCUUUGAGAAAAUUUAUUCUACUAAAUUUAACAAGCUCUGGGCUCUCCUAUCAAAACGGACUGAAAGGUCCACCUCACAGUGAAUCUACAUCAUAUUAAAUCAGUUUGAUUAUGAAAAUGGGACACGCUACAAUGUUUCUUCUGCACACGCAUCUGCUGCUUGGAGUUGCAAGCUCCCUGGUUAUUCAAUCCAUGCCCUGGAGGGUACCCUGCCCCCUUCAGUGUGUCUGCCAAAUCAAGCCCUGGUACUCUCCUCAGUCUGUGUACAGAGAGGCUCCUACAGUAGACUGCAAUGACCUGCUACUUAGCCAGCUGCCCACUUCCCUUCCUCCAGAGACACAAACCCUCAGGCUGCAAAGUAACCUCAUCAGUUCUGUGGACCAGAGUGAACUCCAGGGCCUUGUCAAUCUGACAGAGUUGGAUCUCUCCCAUAACAGCUUUACCAGUACCCGAAACUUGCGGAUAACUGACCUGCCAGCUCUUCUCAGCCUACACAUGGAGGAAAACCAGCUGAGACACCUCCCAGAAGCAGCCUUCUUUGGUCUUUCUAGCCUGCAGGAGUUGUACCUCAAUCACAACAGGCUACGAAGCAUCUCCCCUGGGGCCUUUAAGGGCCUGGACAAACUGUUAAGGCUUCAUCUCAACUCUAACCGCCUGGUUGUAAUUGACAGGCGUUGGUUCCAUGCUUUGCCACAACUGGAAGUGCUCAUGAUUGGUGGAAACCCUGUGGACACAAUCCAGGACCUGAAUUUUAAAUCACUGGGCUCCUUGCGCAGUCUGGUCCUAGCAGGCAUGGGCUUACGAGAAAUCUCAGAGCGAGCACUGGAGGGGCUUCAAAACCUGGAGAGCAUCAGCUUUUAUGAUAACCACCUAAUAAAUGUCCCAAAAGAGGCACUGCAAAAACUGCCAGAUCUUAAGUUUCUUGACUUGAACAAGAACCCCAUUCAGCUAGUGCAGAGGGGAGACUUCAGAAAUAUGCUACAUCUGAAGGAACUUGGGUUAAACAACAUGGAGGAGCUUAUCUCUAUUGAGCACUCUGCAAUGGAAAACCUGCCUGAACUGACCAAACUAGAGAUCACAAACAAUCCUCGGCUGUCAUAUAUCCACCCUCAAGCCUUCCAAAAGUUAUCAAGCAUGGAAAGUCUAAUGCUGAACAGUAAUGCCUUGAGUGCCCUGCAUCGCCAGACAGUCAGGUCACUGCCUAGCCUUCAAGAAAUUAGCUUGCACAGCAAUCCCAUUCGCUGUGACUGCCUAAUCCGUUGGGUGGGAGCUGACAAUGACAAGCCAGUCCGUUUCAUUGAGCCUCAGUCCACAUUCUGCUCUGAGCCUCCUGAGCUGAAAGCCAGAAGAGUUAAAGAAGUCUCAUUCAGAGAGAUGGCAGACAGCUGUCUGCCCUUGAUUGCUCCAAGCACAUUUCCCUCUUACAUUGAAGUCAAACAUGGCGACAACGUGGCCUUGCACUGCCGAGCACUGGCAGAGCCAGAGCCGAGUAUCUACUGGGUCAUUCCCCAGGGUGUGAGAUUGACUCCAUCCAGCAGCUAUGGACAUUAUCAGGUUCUAACAGAGGGUACAUUAGAGAUUUUUGGAGUCACCACCGAAGAAGCUGGCUUCUAUACUUGUGUUGCACAGAACCUAGUGGGAGCUGACACUAGAAGCUUGACUUUACAGGUAGUGGGAAGUGGAAAGUUUCAUGCGAAUAACCAAAAGACAGAGAAUAGCUUUGAAGUGCAUGAUGUCAAAGAAAGGUAUGCCCUAUUGACCUGGCAAGCCAGCCGUAAUGUCCCUACUGCCCAUCUCUCUUGGGUGGCCAAUGGCAGUCUGGAAAAUCAUCACAGCACUCGAAUUCUAGCUGGCACCAGGAGAUUCAACCUAACCCGUCUCCAACCAGGGACUCACUACAAAGUUUGCCUCCAUAUGGGGCUAAAUGAAACCUCCUGUGUCCAUCUAAGGACCAAGGAGGCAUCUAAGCCAGAUCCGUUACCAGACCUGACCCAAGCAGUCCUACUGGCAGUGUCAGCUCUGCUUCUUUUAUUGGCAGCCAGAGCAUGUCACGGGGGAGCCAUGUCCAGUUGGAAAGACCACAUGCCAGAGUUUGAAAAGCCCAACACCACCAUUCUGGCCCUGGAGGCCAAGGCUUUUAUGGCUCCUCCAAUACUGGUAAAGGGUCUGAAUCAGCAGCAUCCAGACAAAGCCAAAGUAGAUGGCAGAGGGAAAGACACUCGGGGGCAAACAAAAGAGGUGUGCUGAGCAGAGCACAAGAGUUCAAGAAGAAUGGACAAAAACCACUAGAGUACAAGCUUCAUUAAGCUACUCACUUUACCGCUCUGACAGUCAUAACUACUGAUCAUCUGAAACAAACACUACAAUAAUUUUGUGGCAGAUCUGCUUCAUAUAAAAAGCAACAGAGUUUCAAGUAUAAAGUAAAACAUGAAAAAGAAAAAAGAUAUCUGUAUUUAUUUUGUAAUAAAGAUACAAUACAUACAGUAUAUGUAUAUUAAAAGCAUUUGUUCAUGUAUUCAUAUACAGUAUAUCAACAAAGGACACAAAAGCUGUGCUGCACCCUCCCAAUUUAAUGAGUCUCACAACAGGUCAAAUGGUUUUAGAAAGAAAAGAAGCACUUAUAUUUUUAAUACUAAAGAAGACUGAUUUGACACAGGGAUGCAAGGAAUUCUAACAGCAAAGAAUCUCAGCAAACCAUUCACACCACUUAAUUUUCAACUGAAAAAGAUACAAUUCAAGUCUUCUGAAGAGGAUGGAUGUUUAAAUGUUGUAAACCUAAUGUAUGAACUCUUUUUAACAAUUUGUUGUUCUCUGAAACCCUAGAGAUCACUCCAAAGUUAUCACCAUCCCAGUGAAAGGCAAUGUUUUUUAGUGCACAAAGAGAAAAGCUUUUUGUUUUUCUUCCAGAAAUGGACUGAUCUACACAUCUGACAGGAGCCAUAAACUUAUGACCCAAUCUGCUCAUUGGUGGAUGUUUCCCUAUUCUGGUCCCCUCAAUACUGAAAUAUCGCAGCCCCAAACUUUGAAAAACAACCCCAAGGUAACAGAUGUUUCAGUGUUGAUGGACAUACAGCCAAGACAUAUGUGUCUGCCUCUUUGUUCAACGUGUCAAGAAGAGACGUUUCAUGGAGAAAUCAUGUGGAACAGCCCCUUGAUUGUCUGUGGGGCGCUGGCACCAAACUCCAUCCCUACCAGCAAAAGGCAAACAUUUAGUGUAACAUUUACUUCUACAUGCAUACUAUGUUUUGUAGAAAGCAAGCAAUUUUGAGUUUCCAUCUCUUACAGUACUGAUAAAAAAGUACUGGUCCUGACAGACCGCUAGUAGAACACGUUCAAGGAAAGAAAGUUCUCUUUGUGUUAUAAAAAAAAAUAAAAUAAAAAUAAAUAAAUUUUCAUAAUGGGCUUUUCUUAAAAAGCUUGUUGGGUGACUAUUCAAUGUACACUGCUCUGACUGCUGCACAGCUACAUUAAUGAGACAUACCAGUGAAGAAGGGGUCAGUGGGCCCCUCUUUUGACAGUGAUGGGAAAGUCAGCAGCAGUGGGGAUUGUAAACUGUUCUCUUACAUUUCCCAAAAAAGAAAAAAUAUUUUUUUUUUUAAGACUAAUUUUAUGGUAACUGCUUUUUUUUUUUUUUUUUUUGGCAGUUUCUAUGCCCCAUUGUUUCAGUGACUCUCUCUCUAAAUUUAAUGUCUUGUCCUCUCAAAUGUAUUUCCUUUUGUUUUAUUUUAUUUGUUGAUCAUUGGUCUUUUCCCACCUCAAAAGCUGUACAUAAAUCAAUCAGACUUUCCUAUUCAACAUACAACUUUAUGAAACAUUUUAGAUUACUGUGUGUUAAAUUCUAUUUUGAGCUAUUAUUAAAACAUU